GUCUGCGAGGGUGGGGCGGGCAGCAGGCUCCGAAGUUGGACGACAGUGGGUUUGGAAGGAAAAAGUCUGAAGACGCUUAUGUCCAAGGGAAUUCUGCAGGUGCAUCCUCCAAUCUGCGACUGCCCGGGCUGUCGAAUAUCCUCGCCUGUGAACCGGGGGCGGCUGGCAGACAAAAGGACAGUGGCCCUGCCCCCUGCACGCUCCCUGAAAAAGGAACGGAACCCCAGCUUUUCGGCCAGUGAUGGUGACAGUGAUGGAGGUGGCCCAGCCUGUGGACGGCAGCCAGGCUUGAAGCAGGAGGAUGAUCCGCAUGUCCGGAUCAUGAAGAGAAGAGUCCACACCCACUGGGAUGUGAACAUCUCCUUCCGAGAGACAUCUUGCAGCCAGGACAGUGACCUUCCCACACUCAUAUCCAGUGUGCACCGAAGCCGCCACCUCGUUAUGCCCGAGCACCAGAGCCGCUGUGAGUUCCAGAGAGGCAGUGUGGAGGUUGGCUUGGGACCCACAGGUGGCUUGCUAGGCAAGAGACUGGGCUGCUCCCCGCACGUCACCAGUGACUGCUCUUCAGAGAAGAAGGCCCGAAGCGAGUCUGAGUCUGAGUACCCUCGAGAGACUCUGCUGCUGCCAGAGCUGAGACCCAGCAUGGCGCCUGAGGACCACUACCGCCGGCUGGUUUCCGCUCUCAGUGAGGCUGGCAGCUUCGAGGAACCACAGCGUCUCUACCACCUGGGCCUCCCCAGCCAUGAUCUCCUGAGGGUCCGGCAGGAGGUAGCAGCUGCAGCUCUGAGGAGUCCCAGUGGCCUGGAAGUUCACCUGCCCUCAUCCACAGCAGGUCAGCGCCGGAAGCAGAGCCUGGCUCAGCACCGGGAGAACACGGCUCCAGCUGUUGCCCCGUCCUUCUCAGAGAGGGAGCUGUCGCAGCCGCCCCCUUUGCUGUCGCCCCAGAAUGCCCCCCACAUCGCCCUGGGCUCCCAUUUCAGGCCCCCUUUCUUGGGGGUGCCAUCGGCUCUGUGCCAGACUCCAGGGUACAGCUUCCUGCCCCCCGCCCAGGCGGAGAUGCUCGCCCGGCAGCAGGAGCUCCUGCGUAAACAGAACUUGGCCCGGCUAGAGAUGUCCGCGGAGCUGCUUCGCCAGAAAGAGCUGGAGAACACACACCGGCCACAGCUGCUGGCGCCUGAAGCGGCCCUGCGGGCCCCAGACAGUACAGAGGAGCUACAGAGGCGCGGGGCCAUGCUGGUGCUGAAACAUAGCUCCGCGCCGCUUCUGGCCCUGCCUUCACAGGGUGUCUCUGGUCCGGAGCCUCCAACCUCGCCCCGGGAGCCUGCUGGCAGAGCACCGCGCAAGGGGGGCCCUAGUUCUGCCUCAGUUCGGCCCAGCGAAUCCAAGGAGACAACAGCAUCUGGGCUCUGGGCUCAAGAUGUCUCACAAGAGCCCCCCAAGGACUCAGAUAUCGGAGAGGACCUGGAGAUAGCACCGACAGGGGGCCGGGGCUCCACCCCAGGUCAAGCCCUAGGAGGGACCAGCACUGAGGGAAAGGGGCUUCUUUCGGGGUCCACCCUGCCCCCUCCACUGUCCCUGGGCUUCCCCUACUCGGUCAGCCCAUACUUCCACACAGGCACCGUGGGGGGACUCUUCACUGAUGGGGAGGCGGCCACAUCCCCUGAGGACAUCAGCAAGUGGACUGUGGAUGAUGUCUGCAGCUUCAUUGGGGGCCUGUCUGGCUGUAGAGAGUAUGCUCCGGUGUUCAGAGAACAAGGAAUUGAUGGGGAGACCUUGCCCCUGCUGACAGAGGAGCACCUGCUGACGACUAUGGGGCUGAAGCUGGGGCCUGCCCUCAAGAUCCGGGCUCAGGUGGCCAAGCGCCUGGGCCGAGUUUUCUACAUGGCCAGCUUCCCUGUGGCUCUGCCGCUGCAGCCGCCAACCCUGCAGGCUCCUGAACAGGAGCUUACCUCCAGAGAGCAGCCCCUGUCCCCACCAACAGCCAACUCCCCCUAUGGGGGGAGCCAUCCACCCACUAGCCGAGCCUCACCCAAGCCAGAGAAUGGAACAGCAGCAAUACUCCCAGGGGCCCCAGAUGCCACCCAGUCUCUGUGUUGAGUUGGCCAGCAGGCUGCCCACAGUCCCAGCACAGGAUGCAGUGGUCCCUCCCCCACAGCUUUCUCCCUUUCAGUUUUGGAUGCAAAAACACCAAGAAUUUUUAA